UCCCUAGCAGGAGACUACCUUCCUGGUCCUAAAAACAAGCAAAUUUUAUGUACCUAUAUUAAGAACGAAAAAAGUAGUUAUUAAACCAGAAUCGUGAACCUCAGAACAUUCUGAAUGCCCAUAAUGCCAUUGGUCAACCAAAACGUACUCCAGCCCAGUACUCAAACAUAUGUCCUCCUCCCUAUAUAUAAAUAGUGGAAGCACAUCAACAGCCUCUCCCCCAAGUCACCCUUCCAAUGCAGGGCAAACCACCCUUAACAAGAGGGCCUUAAUUCUCUCUUCCUAUCUUCAGAUGGAAGAUAAAUCAACCACCACCACCACCGGUAUCAUAGCUCCAACCACCCCCACCGCCGCCAAAAAUGGCAAGACACCUCCUCUCGAUGGCAAGAAGAACAAGAAGAAGAGAGGCGCAUUCACCCUCUUCAAGGCAGCAACGCUCCUGAUUCGCUGCCGACCAGAAGGGAAGCCAAAACCUGAGGUGCCUUCGAAGGUCACGUGGAAGAAAAUUGUCGGGUCAAUCCGCCCUUUCCAUCUCCAGGACAACCAAUCCCGGCGACCGUCUGCUCAUUCGAUUGCAGCCCCGCUGCCACCAUCACCACACGCCAUUAUUAAUCACUCCUCCGCCAAUUCUGACGACGGAAUGAGCCAAUAUGGUUCAACAACCAAUCUCCAGGAACUUGACAAGGGAUCAGAGAGCCGAUAUGCUUCAGCUGUUAAUCUUCCAGCAGUUGCUAAGCAAGGUGAAACUGACGACAAUGAUGAUGGGGGAGAUGAUGGGAUUAGUAAUAAUAAUGUGGGGGAUGAGAUGAUUGAUUCGAAGGCCGAGGAAUUCAUUGCUAAAUUUUAUCAGCAGAUGAGGGUUCAACACUUGGAGAAGGUCGAACGUUACAACAAGAUGAUGGUGGCAAGAGGGUAAUUACAUAACAUGAGCAGGAGGCCGGGACACGCGAUGGGUAUAUAUGAAUGUAACGUUCAUGCAUGCAUAUUCACGUAAUAUCUAUCUCUUCAAAUUUGUUUUAUUAUUCUAUUUAGGUCUGAAAGUUUGGGCCUAAAUAUUACUACUGUAUGUUUCGAAUAAAGAAGCAAUGAAAAUCUAGAAAAUUAA